AGCGCAGCACCGAAAACGGGCUCGGAGCCAAAAAACCCGCGCGGUCAAGGCUUUUGGGAAGUUGCCUGUGCGGUUCAAUUUGCAGUCGGUAUCGGUACUGCUGUGCUGUGUGAGGCCCAUCUGCGGAUGGGUGGUUCGUGGUGAUAUACUGCCGAGCAGCUCACAUCCAAAGUGACGAGGAUUAAGGGAGAGCAUUGUUAUUACUUUCGCUUUAUGUUUCAGGGGGGAGCUUUUCUUCGCGUUAUCUCGUUUUAUGCGCGGGAAGUGAAAUUUUAUCCCCCCCAUUUCCACAUGAAUAGCGCCGUAUCACUUCGGUGGAGGAUGAGCAUAGUGUUUUAGUUAAGCAGUGCUGACGACAAAGUUCAAAGUGAUUGAUGAGCUUUUGAUGUGGGAGAUAAGGAAGGAAUGCAUUGCCACUGUAUCGUGAACUAGUGCUUUGCUCCUCCGAAAUGAUCUGCAUGUGGUCGAGGGUGUGAAGCCGUGGCAACAAAUUGCGUUUCCGCCAUACAAUGGAACGGCGGGACGGUGGGAAUUGAUUCACAGUGAUAUAAAUUUUAUGAAAAUAAUGGCUGGAAAAUAAAAGCAGCAGCCAGCCAGUGAUGCAUGAUUCUACUGCACUUUAAAUGAAUGGACGGCGUCUGUUCUCAAAAUAAAUUAUUAACCCGAAUAAAAGCUGCGUUAAAUAAAAGAAUAGUGCAAUGAAAAUGUUUGUGAUGAUUUAUGGAAUAAUUGAAAACAGCGAGCUAGUGUAUGUGUGAGGUUGUUCAUUACCCGAGGAUUAACUGCAGCGGUUAUUAUGGCUAUAUUCCUGGAGCAGUAUAGUGCGUGACAAGGAAAAUGGAGCAGAGGAUUAUUUGCAUCGUUUUUGGAUUAUUGACCACCAUGCAACGUGGGGCAGGCGAUGAUUUGGGUCUUCUCUCGAGUACGUUGCGUGCAUUUCGACAAUCGAUCUGUGAGAACGAACCGAUGACUUUGUCCUGUCCAAUUGGAACCAGAAUCAGUGUCGAAGUAGUGCAGUAUGGAAGAAAAGAAGAAAAUUCUUCAGUACAGUGUGCAUUCACUGCCGACACGUUGGAUGCUCGGAACCCAAUGGAGUCUACGACGCUGAUGGGCGACAUGCCUUUCGUGAUGGGUAAUUUAACAUUUUCGAUUAUAGAAACGGGUAUCAACGAAACGGUUGCGUCGGAGAAAUCUAGAAGUAAAUGUAUUCAUAGCUAUGUGCUUCAGUAUUCCAUCCUGCAAAUUGUUGUGGAAGCCUGCCAGAAGAAACGGAAGUGUUCGUUCGAAGCCGCCCCAAAAGUAUUCGACAGCUCCCCGUGUCCGGGCAUUCAUAAGCUGGUGGAAGUGAGCCACAAAUGCCGACCCUUCGAGUUCCGGAGUCUCAUCGCCUGCGAGAAGGAUGUGAUACGUUUGGCUUGUGGCCGUUACACCCGGGUCGCCAUCUACAGCGCCAGCUACGGUCGGACGGCCUACGAGAGCUCCCAUUGUACUCAGACGGCUGGCACCAAAGAAGAAACGUGCUUGUCGACUCACACCAGCCACACGCUGACGGAAAUAUGCCAGGGGCGACGAAAGUGUACCGUGGCGGUAGAGUCGUCCACCUUCGGCAGUCCUUGCCCGGAGAACGUUCGGGUCUCGCUGAAAGUUGUUUACGCAUGUGUAUCCAGAAAUGUCUUCCGAGACCGCUACAUCACUCCACUAGAAGAAGAUGAAUUGGAUCAGCAUUUCGAGAUGAAUGAGCUCUACGAUGACGAAUUCACUCCUGCCCCCAAUCAAGUGGACGACUCCUCCAGGGGCCAAAUUAGUCAUAAAUUUUCCGACGAGCUAGUGGAGGCAACUGUGAAGGCCGAGAAUAUUCUCACCCAUAGCAAGGAUGCAAAUGUUGAACAUCGGAUCGAUAAUCAUCUAUUGGUAAUCGUCGUCGUGGUAAUAUUCUUCGGGUGCUGCCUGUCGAUUGGGGCUUUGGUGGCUUACAAAAUGAGAUUACUAUCAUCGGCAGAUAAUGCAUGCAUCAAACAUUCAGAGUCGAGCGACCCGCAGUCGAACACAACGAGUAACGCUCCGAACGAUGAUUACGAUCUGGUAGAAUGCGUUGCGGAAACUAUUCCUGUGGCGGUUAAAGUGAAGCCGUCAACCUACGAGCAUCCAUCAACGUCCGCCCCGUUUAUGCCGUCGUUCAAAGUUUUUAACCACCCCGAUGCCGUGCCCCAGAUUUCGACCACGAUGUUCAUCCUACCGAAUUAUAUAGUCACCGAGGGUAAUUUGCAGGGCCACAAAAACGUUACUUUCAGUCAGCAAGCGGCCACGGUGGAAAAUCUCAGCUUGACGAUGACAGAUGUCGCAACGGCCAACAGCAGCGCCGCCCACGAGUCCAGCUCCUGCGUUCAGUGCAACUUCUUGGGCUGGCCGACGGCGGCAGCGGGCCCGCCGUCAAUCGAGCGGAAGACUCCGCCGUCGUCCACCGCCCGUCAAAAUCAAUCAUUCAAACUGCAGGACAGCGAACGUAAAAUCAGUCAUAACGAUUCUUUUUUAUGGUUGGGCUUGAGGGUCGGGGUGAUGUAAACUUGUAGGGUAAAGCUGUCAAGAUUGAUUCUUGCGUCUAGUUAAUCUGUUUAGGGUUUUUUUUUCUGGUGUUUCGUUGGGACUGAAUUGAUGUUUGUUUCUUGUACAUUGCUUAGUAAUGGUCCGUGCUUUUGCUGGGAACUGAAAUGUUUUCUGUUCGCAUUAGGUUCGCUCCACAGCUUUGAAUGAGAGCAAACUUUUUGCGAUUGUGAAAACUUGGAAAGUGGGAAACUGCUUUCUUUGGUAUGCUGAAAGAAAAAACAACUUCUUUCGUCAUGUUGAAAAAAUCUCAGAAAAAUUGAAACAAAUCCUUUAUUCCAGGAAGUUACAAGAUGAAAGAUCGGAUCAGUUACUCUUGCGCAUUUCCAACACACCAAUUCCGUUCCGCUUCCUUAUUCAUAUUCGUAUGCCGUAAUGUUUCGAUUCUUACUUCAAUGUGUGCGGUAAAAACGAGACUUAUUAAACAAUUUGCAGCUGAGGCUCUAGAGAGCCCCACAUUUUGUUUUUUUUUAUUUAUUUAAUGAAACCUUUCGACGCCACCUUUCGAAUACUUCCUUCGAGAAGAUAGGGGUGUCAUUCAGCAGAUGCAAAUUUAAGACUUCUGUUCAUUUAGUACUCCAUAAUAAAAUAAUCGUUUCAGUACUUUAGCCAAUAUUUCAUCGUGCUCAUUUCUCCAUGAACAAUAACUUCAUCUAAGUACACAAUUAACCUAUCUAGAGCAGCAAGAAUGUACUCCAUUAUGUUUUGGAACAAUUCCAGCGAGCAUAUUUGGUAUUUGGUGAUGCACUUUCGAAAAUCGGUCAUUAUGUUUGCUCGAUUUUCUUUUCCAUAGCAAUCGGUGAUCGUUUGUAUGGCUGACUGACAGGCUGAACAUGGGAAUUUCCACAACUAUAUCUCGAAUUUUGGAAAACGGCUUGACCUGCUUCAUCUAGACCGAUUCUUCAGCAUACAUAAAUCCUUAGCAGAUUGGUCUUCUAGCAAGCAUCGUUGUCCUCCAUAAACUACGUAGAAUCUUGCCCGUGUUUUGUUAACUGCAGCUUCAAUCUUCGCACUGAACAUACCCCAUUGGUUCCUUUGACGCAUAGGCGAGAUGCGUACGAUCAAUAUCAGUGCCCAUUUCUUUUACAACCACUCUUGGGCAAUCGUUGCUGACCUGAGUGUGGCUCCGGCUUCCACAGCCAUAGAAAGUGAAUUUUCUAAUUAGCAUGCUCCUGAAAGGCUAUCUCACCAAAACCUUACAUAAUCGGUAUAAAACUUUGGCAUAUACACAUUGGAAAACUCUGCAGAAUUGUAUAUGCCAAGAUUUUAUAUACAAAAUGAGAUUUGUUUUAUUGGAUGUACGACAAAAACAAGUCUGGGCAAAACGUACAAGAAGUGGUGUAACAAAGCAGACUUGCAUUAGCAAUAAACAGCGAACGCAUGGUUGUUUGUAAACCUUAUUUGAUUGAAUGAAAAUCGUACGGGUAAGUUGAAAGAACCAUACAUUGUUAAUUUUAGGUGAAAAUCAAAGCAGUUUUCUCGAUCUUUGUGCUAUACCUCGAUACUGAAUAUCUAAUAGUCGAUUGUUAUGAUAAUUACUCAGAAAUGUGCUACAAAUGAUUAUAUGAGUUGGGCCGUUUUGACCCAUUGGUACGUUAUGCAUUAUUCUCUUCUGCACUAUAAUGAUGUCGAUGGAUCCAACUGUUUGCAUUAUUUCCACCAGAACAGCUUCUACGUUUCGCAGUACGGUACUCAUUCUUCCCCUGAAGUGUCGGCGACCUAAUUAGUCAAAAUGAGGAUGUUUCGCAACUACGGACGGCCACUCGUUCGCACUAGUUCAUGUACUGUCGAGACAAAAGUCCAUAUUCCAAUGUGUGUUUCAAAAUACCAACGCGAGACUGGCGUUCUCGCAUGGUUUCGAAAGUACCUUCAGGCAAACAUUCUGUGCAGAGCUCUUUCUGUUGAUUCCCAUUACCGAUCCGCGCGUGAAAUGUUUGGCCCUCUUCAAUGUACCAACAAAAGCUCCACAAUCGAACUUCGGAUUACAGCCCAUCGUCAAAGAAGGCAAAUUUCCAAUAAAAUUCCUCUUCUGCAAUAGUCCAACAGGGCUAACGUUUCUGAAUUGUUUGGAUUCCUUUGGUGUGCGAUAAGGCUGCAUCUGUAGGACGUUCGUGCUUUGGUGGAUGCUUUCCAUUAUUGGCCAUUAAUGAAAAGUUGCCACUUUGUAAUGAGUCGGUGCCGUGCCCGGCGUCGUACAUGAUUUUCAGAGAAAUUAUGGCGAAGAGGUAAUCUUCUGGCGGUUUUCCUAGAGCUAAACUAUUGCUUUUUACUAUUCACAAUGGGAACUUUUUAAAAUUUACUUAGGCUGUGAACCAUUUCACCGAUUCGUUUAACUUUCAAUCAUAAUUUGACGGUUCGAUGGUUAUUUCUCCGUGGUUAAAAUAAUCCCACCUCGGAGCAUGGAUAGGUUUUAAAAGUUCGAUAGUUAAACUUUGUUCGCUAGAAAAUUGGUGCCAAAUCUAUUUUGUACCAAAUAACUAUCAAUCUGUCAAAAUUCAAGUGGGUUUGCUUCGGGGUAAAAUUUUAACCCCGAUGGGAUAAUAAUUAUCGAACUGUCAAAUAAUAACUAAAAGUUAAUUGAAUCAGUGAAACGAUUCGCAGCUUUACCCAUCACAGUUUCUACCGCAAUAAUUUAAAUUCAAUGCAGUUGUGGGCUAUUCAGCUUGGAAUUUAUCUUAAGCGUGGGAUAAUAAAUAAAAUAUUUCAAAAGAAAUUCCAUAAUAUUUUAGACGUCUUUUCAAAGCUUAUAAUCUUACAUUUCAAUUACUUUCUGUAGCGAUUAUUUUAAAAUUACCGAAUAUCCAAUAAUAAAUCUUUGCUUGUCUAAACCUCCUGUACUUGCAUCAAAACUAAAAAUUCGCAUGCAAAAGGUGAUUUUCGGCACUCGUUGGACGGCACUGAGCAAGCCUUUUCAGAUAAGUAUGUAUGCCGUUUUGUGGGGCCCUCCUUAGCCGUGCGGUAAGACGCGCGGCUACAAAGCAAGGCCAUGCUGAGGGUGGCUGGGUUCGAUUCCCGGCGCCGGUUUAGGCAAUUUUCGGAUUGGAAAUUGUCUCGACUUCCCUGUGCAUAAAAGUAUCAUCGUGUUAGCCUCAUGAUAUACGAAUGCAAAAAUGGUAACUUGGCUUAGAAACCUCGCAAUUAAUAACUGUAGAAAUGCUUAAUGAACACUAAGCUGCGAGGCGGUUCUGUCCCAGUGUGGGGAUGUAAUGUCAAUAAGAAGAAGAAGAAUGUAUGUCGUUUUAUCGGUUGUAUACUAUUUCGCCGAAAACCAUUUCGCGGAAUUUUUUUUUCGCGGUACGACAUUCCGCGGAAUGUAUCAACUCUCCGAAACACAUUUCGCGGAAUGCACCUAUUUUUCCGAAAGACAUUUCGCGGAAUGUACCUUUUCACCGAAAAUCAUUCCGCGGAACGCCAUUUGGCAGAAUUCAGUUAGAAUAAUUAUCAUUCAAAUAAUUACCGAUUUUGCUUAAUUACAUGAAAUCCGGGUAAAUUUUUUGGAUUUAAUGCAAACCCGAACCCGACCCGUUCCCGAGAAUUUUUGCAUUCGUAAGCC